GCGCUGCGGUCCUUUGUCCAUGCGGUGGGAUGGGUGGAAAGGUCGGGCUGCGCGGGGCUGUGGGCUCUGCGGGCGCCUCGUGGGCCGGCAGAGAUGAUCGUGACCCUGAAGGGACACCUUGCCGGCUAUUAGGCGUGCUGAUUCCAUCAUCUCCCUGAAUCUCCGGGUCCUCUUCCUCUCCCUGCGUCAGCGGUCCCCCCUCAAGUCGUAGAUGCAUAGAUUUCGGGCCCAGAACUCCGACCCUGUUUCAGCUGAUGUUGGCCCUGUCGACACCUUGUAUUCUAGUCCUUUAGGAGGAGGGUGGUGUGGGAGGCCAUAGAUAUAUAGACCAGUGCUAGUCGGAGACAGGAAGUAAGGAAUAAGGGGAGUGGCUUUGGGAAGUGUGACCCUCCGCCCCGGUCUGCCUAAUGUGCUCUCUGUCUAUCCCAAGCAGAUCUUGGUCCCUUUCCAACCACUCCUGAUGCCUCAUUUGCCUCUAGCGUCUUUUCGACCGCCACUUUGGGGGCUGAGGCCCUCACGGGGCCUCCCCAGGUCCCAUCCCCUUUCUACACAGUCAGAGCCACAUGGAUUUCCCAUCUCUCGGAGGAAUCGUGAAGCCAAAAAGAAGCGCCUGCGGGAGAAGCAGGCGGCGCUGCAGGCUGGGAUAGCUGGGAAGAGCAAGUCACCCACAGAGUUCAAUAAGGCUUGGAGUCCUAAGGAGGUAGUAUUGUAUGAAAUCCCCACGAAACCCGGUGAAAAGAAAGAUGUCUCUGGGUGCCUGCCUCCUGCCUACAGCCCCCGAUAUGUUGAGGCUGCCUGGUACCAGUGGUGGGUGCAAGAGGGCUUCUUCAAACCAGAAUAUCAGGCCCAGCUGCCGCAGGCCACAGGGGAGACGUUUUCCAUGUGUAUCCCACCUCCCAAUGUCACUGGCUCCCUGCACAUUGGCCAUGCACUCACAGUGGCUAUACAGGAUGCCCUUGUGCGCUGGCACCGGAUGCGUGGGGACCGAGUGCUGUGGGUCCCUGGCUCAGAUCAUGCAGGGAUUGCUACACAAGCUGUGGUGGAGAAACAGCUAUGGAAGGAGCGGGGAGUGAGGAGACAUGAGCUGAGCCGGGAAGACUUCCUUAGGGAGGUGUGGCAGUGGAAGGAGGCGAAAGGUGGAGAGAUCUGUGAGCAGCUGCGAGCUCUGGGUGCCUCCCUGGACUGGGACCGAGAGUGUUUCACCAUGGAUGCUGGCUCCUCAGCGGCCGUCACCGAAGCUUUUGUGCGACUCUACGAGGCGGGGUUGUUGUACCGGAACCGUCAGCUUGUCAACUGGUCAUGUGCUUUAAGAUCAGCCAUCUCGGACAUUGAGGUGGAGAGUAGGCCCCUGCCUGGCCGCACGGAGCUUCGACUGCCCGGCUGCCCCAUCUCUGUGUGUUUCGGCCUCCUGGUUUCUGUUGCCUUCCCCGUGGAUGGAGAGCCUGAUGCAGAGGUCGUGGUGGGAACCACGAGGCCAGAGACGCUACCUGGAGACGUGGCUGUGGCUGUUCAUCCGGACGACUCCCGCUACACACAUCUGCAUGGGCGGCAGCUUCGUCACCCCUUGACAGGGCAGCUUCUGCCCCUUAUCACAGACUCCGCUGUUGAGCCACAUGUGGGCACAGGGGCAGUGAAGGUGACUCCAGCACACAGUCCUGUCGAUGCUGAGAUGGGGGCCCGACACGGCUUGAGUCCCCUGAACGUCAUUGCAGAGGAUGGGACCAUGACCUCCCUGUGCGGGGACUGGCUGCAGGGCCUUCACCGAUUCGUAGCCCGGGAAAAGAUAAUGUCUGCGCUGAGGGAGCGGGGCCUGUUCCGGGGCCUCCAGAACCACCCCAUGGUCCUGCCCAUCUGCAGCCGUUCCGGGGACGUGGUGGAAUACCUGCUGAAGAGCCAGUGGUCUGUCCGCUGCCGGGAGAUGGGCGAGCGGGCUGCCCAGGCCGUGGAGUCAGGGGCCCUGGAGCUCAGCCCGGCCUUCCACCAGAAGAGCUGGCAGCACUGGUUUGCCCACAUCGGGGACUGGUGUGUCUCGCGGCAGCUUUGGUGGGGCCAUCAGAUCCCAGCCUACUUGGUCGUAGAGGAGCACGUGCAGGGUGACAGGGAGGACUGUUGGGUGGUUGGGCGGUCAGAGGCCGAGGCCAGAGAGGUCGCAGCAGAACUGACAGGGAGACCCGGGGCACAGCUGGUCCUGGAGAGGGACCCUGAUGUCUUGGACACAUGGUUCUCUUCGGCCCUGUUCCCCUUUUCUGCCCUGGGCUGGCCCCGAGAGACUCUAGACCUCGCUCGCUUCUACCCCCUGUCACUUUUGGAAACGGGCAGUGACCUCCUGCUGUUUUGGGUGGGCCGCAUGGUUAUGCUAGGCACUCAGCUCACAGGACAGCUCCCCUUCAGCAAGGUGCUUCUUCACCCCAUGGUUCGGGACAGGCAGGGCCGGAAGAUGAGCAAGUCCCUGGGGAAUGUGCUGGAUCCACGGGACAUCAUUUGUGGGGUGGGGCUGCAGGUGCUGCAGGAAAAGCUGAGAAGUGGGAACUUGGACCCCGCAGAGCUGGCCAUCGCAGCCGCCGCACAGACAAAGGACUUUCCUCAUGGGAUCCCUGAGUGCGGGACAGAUGCCCUGAGAUUCACACUCUGCUCCCACGGAGUCCUGGGGGGCGACUUGCACCUGUCUGUCUCUGAGGUUCAGAGCUGCCGACAUUUCUGCAACAAGAUCUGGAACGCCCUGCGCUUUAUCCUCGGUGUCCUAGGGGAGCAGUUCGUGCCGCAGCCGGCAGAGGAGCUGUCUCCCUCCUCACCCAUGGACGCCUGGAUCCUGAGCCGCCUUGCCCUCGCUGCCCGCGAGUGCGAGCGGGGCUUCCUCGCCCGGGAGCUGUCGCUCGUCACCCACGCCCUGCACCACUUCUGGCUGCACAACCUCUGUGACGUUUACCUGGAGGCUGUGAAGCCCCAGCUACGGCACGCGCCCCGUGCCCUGGGACCCCCUCAGGUCCUGUUCCUCUGCGCCGACCUCGGCCUCCGCCUCCUCGCCCCGCUAAUGCCCUUCCUGGCUGAAGAGCUCUGGCAGAGGCUGCCCCCCAGGCCUGGCUGCUCCCCCAACCCCAGUGUCUCGGUUGCCCCCUACCCCAGUGCGCGAAGCUUGAGCCUGGGGGAGCAUGGAUGGUUCCGCGCGUUGCUGGCGUGGCCCUGGGUCUCCGGGACAGUAUUAGCAUAG